ACGUGCGCACGAGUUGUCUUCCGACUCUGAAAGAAAGUGCCCGUUACACAUUAAGACGCCGGUCCGUUGAAUUCGCAACCAACAAACAACACGAACAAAAACACAAGAAAACAAACAUAAUAAUAUCGAACGGCGAAAGUGGAACGAUUGGAGACAUCACGGAAUGUGAAUAAAAUGUGCUGCCGUAUUUUAUACAUUUUUUUUUUACUAUGUGGUCUUCAGUGUUAUGUGGUCAGAGUGAAAGCAUAGGAAUUUAGAGAAGGCCGCAGAAGGAUGAGUUCAAUAGUGGCCGACGUGAUAUCUGGCACGGCGAUCGCAGCUGCAGGUACGCAGGUAGCAUGGUUCAUCCCGAUGUUGGUAGCAGCGAUAGCCUACUACCAGUACGACCAGACUGAUCCUGAAGGCAGACCAGCAGACGUGCCCGACUCGCGACUGCUGUCGGAGUAUGAUUUCAUUGUAGUAGGGGCUGGAUCUGCUGGAGCCGUAGUAGCCAAUCGUCUAUCUGAAAUCGGUCAUUGGAAAGUUCUUUUACUGGAGGCAGGAGUGGAUGAAACUGAAAUCUCCGAUGUACCUCUUUUAGCGGGAUACCUUCAACUUAGCAAACUAGACUGGAAGUAUAAGACGGAACCACAGGGCACUAGUUGCUUAGCUAUGGAAGGCGGUCGCUGUAACUGGCCUCGAGGGAAGGUGCUCGGUGGUAGUUCUGUAUUGAACUACAUGCUAUAUCUGAGAGGGAAUAAAAAAGAUUACGAUAUCUGGGAAUCAUUAGGAAACAAAGGAUGGGGCUAUAAUGAUGUACUGUAUUACUUCAAGAAGUCCGAAGACAACCAGAACCCGUAUUUAGCUAAAACACCAUAUCACAGUACUGGAGGAUAUUUAACAGUUUCUGAAGCACCCUAUCACACUCCUCUUGUAUCGAGCUUCAUUGACGCCGGCAUAGAAAUGGGCUAUUUAAAUAGAGAUAUAAAUGGAGAAAAUCAAACAGGCUUUAUGGUGGCUCAGGGUGCGAUUCGUCGUGGCAGUCGGUGCUCAACCGCAAAAGCAUUUCUACGGCCAGCUAAGGAUCGAAGAAACCUACAUAUUUCUGUGAAUUCUUUUGUAACGAAGGUUAUGAUAGAUCCGAGGACGAAAAUAGCUUUCGGUGUGGAGUAUAUCAAAAAUAAAAUGUUAUACCGGAUUAGAGCUAGAAAAGAAGUCAUUUUAUCUGGAGGAACAAUUAAUUCAGCUCAACUGUUGCUGCUGUCAGGCAUAGGACCAGAAGAAGAGUUAUCUAAACAUAGAAUACCUUUGAUUCAAAAUCUUCAAGUUGGCAAAAAUCUCCAAGAUCAUAUUGGUUUAGGAGGUUUGGCAUUUCUAAUAAACAAACCAAUUUCAAUUAUUGAAAAUAGACUUCAUACUGUGAGCACACUGAUGGAGUACGCGGUAAUGGGGGAAGGCCCGCUGACAAUUAUGGGAGGUGUUGAAGGACUAGCUUUCGUUAACACAAAAUACGUUAAUGCUUCAGAUGACUUUCCAGAUAUAGAGUUUCAUUUUAUAUCAGGAGCAACUAAUUCUGAUGGAGGCGGACAGUUACGAAGGAUUCACGGUUUGACUGAACAAUUCUACAACAGCGUAUUCCAACCCAUAAAUAAUGCUGACGUAUGGAGUAUAAUUCCCAUGUUGCUACGUCCAAAAAGUAAGGGUUACAUUCAGUUACGGAGCACAAACCCCUACGAUUACCCAUAUAUCUAUCCAAACUACCUAGCUGACGAAAAUGAUGUAAAGACAUUAGUAGAAGGAGUAAAGAUUGCAUUCGCUCUAUCAAGAACGAAAGCAUUUCAAAAACAUGGAUCCCUAUUCAAUAACCAUAUAUUUCCUAGUUGUCGCAAUUUUCAAAAAUUUUCAGAUGCUUUUUGGGAAUGUAUGAUUAGGCAAUAUACUUGCACAAUUUAUCAUCCAGUUGGCACUGCGAAAAUGGGACCUUACUGGGAUCCAAAUGCUGUAGUUGAUCCCGAGCUCAAGGUUUAUGGCGUAAAAGGACUUCGAGUUAUAGACGGAAGUGUGAUGCCAAAUUUAGUUAGUGGUAAUACAAACGCUCCAAUAAUAAUGAUUGGAGAAAAGGGCAGUGACAUGAUUAAAGAGUUUUGGCUUAAACGUAGAAUGUCAAGAUACUAUGCGUGAAAUUCGAGUACAAACUAAAUAUUUCUAGUGAUAUUAUUUAUUUCAAUGUACAUAGACUUUCUAACUAUUUAUUGUUAUUUAUUUUUAUAAUAAUAAGCCAUGCAUUCUAAAUUAUUUGAUUGAACAAAGAUUGAUUCCAAAAAAAUUAGAAUAAAGUUAUUCACCAUA